AUGCUUCCCAAUAUUUUUCAUGGAUCUAUCGGGGGUGUUGCGACUCUGGAACGCUUCUUUGAAGCCUUGGUUCCGGGUACGUACUUGGUGACCGCAGGCCAGGAUGACGUCGGUCACUGUUUCGUCGUGGUGAAGACUGGUCCCAAUGCCCGACUUGUCGUGCUUGAUGGGUACUCGGCUGACCACCAUCCACCGAUGGAAGUGGUUCCUCUCUUGAACUACCAGUGGAUUGAGAGUGUGAAGUGGAUUAGUCGCGUUCAGCUUCAGCUUGGGUACGUGUGCCGCCACGGCAAACGCACUUCGAAGGCAGCGCGUAACCGGAAUAGAUGCCUGAUGCAGCAGUAUCUUCAACUUGUUGGGGAUGUAGUACGGGAAUACAUGUAG